AUGUAUUAUUACAAUUAAAGAAUACCAGUUCCGUUACAGAGAAUAGAAUUCAAACAUAUUCUCUCAGGUUUACAGAAGCAUUCACAAAGUUAGGAUGAAAUAAAUUAGAGGCCUUUAGCAACUAGAAAGUAUUGAUCAAUAAGCAUAUAAGAAGAAACAUAAAAAAACCUGAAGUAAAAUUCUUAUAGGACUUAUAAAGAAAUGAGAAACAUGAUUAAUAAUUAUUACAAACAACAGAUACAAUGUGGGAUGAUCGAAUUUUAUAAAAAUUAGAGAAAUUGAAAAAGUAACCUAAUGAAUUCUUUGAAAAGAUUCCAAAAGAACCUAUUACAUUAAUGAAUUCAUCUAAAAUAAAUAAAUUUUUUGAAAUAAGAUUAUUAGCAUAAUCAAAAGAGGAUGUUUAAAAAGGUUCAAGAGAAUCUUAAAGAUAAUUGAAUUAAAUAUAAGAGGUGGCAGUUAAAGAAUUAUUGAAUAAGUAUCCACAUUAGUUCAAUUUUACAACAUCUGCAGAUGCAAGAAAGAAAAAAGAAGUCUUAGACACAAAGGAUAAAUAUAUGAAAUUAUUCUUUGUUAGAAAUUGUUCAACAAGUAUGAGUAAAUCUAAAGUCAAUAAUAAAUAUUUACAUAAUAGUGAUGAUUAAUAGAAAUAUAUGGAAAAUAUUGAAUAAAUAUAAGAGAAAUAAAAGAAUAAAAACAAUUUAUCAUUUUGUACAUGGAACAAAUUAUAAGAAUUAGAAUGUCCAGGUUACUGUUCUUUUAUAAAAUAAUUGGCAUUUAAAAAUAAGUUAUAAUAGAGUUGUUCUUAAUAAAAAAUUGACUCUUAUAACUUAGUAAAUGAAUGA